AUGGAAAUUUCUUGUCUUCCCUUCAGUAUUUUCUUCGUUGUUCUUCUUUCAGUUCGAGUUUCCACUGCACAAUUAGUACCAACAGAAACUAGAAUUCUUUUCCAAGUUCAACAGCUUCUUGAAUAUCCACCAGUUCUUCAAGAAUGGAGUAACUGGACAAGCUUUUGUUAUUUGCCUCAAACCCCUUCUCUUGCUAUAAUCUGUUCAGACAAUCACAUAACUGAAUUAACAAUAGUUGGAAACAAAACCUUUUCUUCAGAGAUUCCUAGGUUGUCACCUGGAACAUUUGCAGUUUCUCAGAAAACUUUGUCUGAUAAUUUUUCCCUGGAUUCAUUCUUCACUGUCCUAACUAAACUUUCAAAUUUAAAGAAAUUAUCGCUUGUUUCAUUAGGAUUAUGGGGGCCAUUACCAGCUAAGGUUAACCGGUUUCGAUCAAUUGAAGUACUUAAUAUCAGUUCAAAUUUCAUUUUUGGUACCCUGCCUCCAUCAAUAGCCACUUUCAAGAAUUUAAGAAGCCUUCUCUUGAAGAAUACUUUGCUCAAUGGAAGUGUUCCUGAUCUGAAAGGCCUACAAAUGCUUGAAGAACUCGAUUUGAGUAACAAUCAACUCGGGCCCGAAUUUCCAUCCUUAGGCAACAAUCUAAUACGUGUCUCGUUUGGAAAUAAUUCUUUGAGAUCUGAAAUUCCUUCGGAAUUGAAGAAGCUUAAUCGACUUCAAGUACUCGAUGUUUCUUCCAAUAAGCUCGUCGGACCAAUCCCUUCGUUCUUGUUUUCUCUGCCAUCAAUUCAGUACAUCAAUCUGUCAAAAAAUCAGUUAAGUGGUGCACUUUCAGGCAAUGUAUCUUGCAAUGGGAAUCUUACUUUUGUGGAUAUUUCUAACAACCUUUUGAUUGGGAAAUUGCCUUCUUGCCUUGCAUCAAACUCGAGAAAUCGAACGGUCAGCAUUGCGUGGAAUUGUCUGUCAAAUUCGAGCUCGAAAUAUCAGCAUCCGUAUAAGUUUUGCCACAGGGAAGCAUUAGCAGUUGAGCCACCUGCAAGAAACCAGGAGAAAUCCACCCUAAAACUUGGCCUUGUUCUUGGUAUUAUUGGGGGAAUUGUGGCAAUCUUAGGCCUUUUAGGGUUCUUAAUCCUUGCCAUCUUCAGAAAAGUGCACAGAAAUGGUACUGAUGCAUGUGAAUCUGAUAGUUUUGUAAUUGAGAAGAACAAUGUUGGCGGCUCCCCGAUGGUUAAUGGAAGGUAUGUGCCAAGGCCAAUCAGGUUGUCAUCACUGGGACUUCCACCAUAUCACGUUUUUACACUGGAGGAAAUGGAAGACGCAACAAACAACUUUGACACAUCUAAUCUGGUGGGGGAAGGAUCCCAGGGCCAGCUCUAUAAAGGUUGGCUUAGAGAUGGAUCAGUGGUCCUAGUGAAGUGCCUGAAGCUCAAACAGAGGCAUUCACCUCAAGUUCUGCAGCAGCACAUGGAAGUAAUAUCGAAGCUGAGGCAUCGGCAUUUGGUCAGCGUUCUCGGACACUGCAUAACCACGUACCACGACCAUCCUAACACGGCUAGCGCAGUCUUUAUUGUCCUCGAAAACGUCACCAAGGGGUCACUAAGAGAUCAUCUUACCGAUUGGAGAAAGAGGGAAGUUCUGAAAUGGCCACAGAGAAUGGGGAUUGCGAUGGGUGUCGCAAGGGGAAUCCAAUACCUUCAUACCGGAGGAGUCCUCGGAAAUGACCUCAAAAUCGAGACAAUCCUGUUGGACGAAAGUCUGACUGCAAAAAUUAGCAGCUAUAACAUAUCCUUGCCGUCCAAGGUUGGUAUUGAAAGCCCACUUCAUGGACAAGAUGACUCAAAUCAGCUCAGUUGCACUGGAAAUCCAGAGAAGGAUGAUAUUUAUAGGCUUGGAGUUAUUCUAACUGAAAUUAUCACCGGUAAACCAGUCAACUCGCAGAGUGAAUUAGAUGACCUAAGGUUCCAGCUCGAAAGAAGCUUAGCAGAAUCUGCCUCAAAGCUACGAGAGUUAAUGGAUCCUGCCAUUCGAGGGACAUUUGCAUAUGAAUCGUUAAAAAUUGUAGUUCAGAUCACCAUAAACUGCCUAUCUAAAGAUCCUAGCAGGCGGCCAACAGUUGAAGAUGUUCUUUGGCACAUGCAGUAUUCAAUUCAAGUUCAAGAAGGGUGGACAAGCAGUGGAAACCUAAGUGGAAACUUUAGCGGAAACCUUAGUACUAAACUGUAA